AGUGGAACCUAAUUGGACGCAUGUUGUGUACAAAAAGAAACGUCAAAACUGCAGCGCUAUAAAGCAAAACGAAUCAGAUAAAAAACAAGGAGUAUCCAUGAAAUUCACGAUUGGCGGCCAAACAAAUUUGCAAUUGCUUACAACGGAAUAGUGACCAGUUAACAGCGCCUUUCCCACUCAAAGCGGCGGCCCCCCCCCAGGCAACCAGUCGACAGACGUAUUUUUGUGGUGUGUGGAAGAUAGAAUCAUCCAUCACAUACGCACACACAAACACACAGCACAGACACACACACAAACGCUUGCUCGCUCAACUAUUUCACCGCAGCAAAGGAGCUAGAAUAUUGAAAGAAGAAUCCGUCAGUGGAAGAGGAAAUCAAGUACAACAAAAGGCCAAAACACCGUCAUAGCAGCAGAGGAGGCACAGGGCCAAAAACACAAUAGCAGUAGAAGCAGCAACAGCAGCAUUAUCAUCAUCAUUUGUAUCAAAAUCGAAGCAACAGCCACCAGAAGCAAUAUCCACAGAUAUCCCAGCCAGGACAGGACAGGACAGGAUACCAACCAGAACGCCGCAGUAGACAAGUGCCAGCAGCCGCAGAGCCCAGCCAACCCAUCAAAGAUGAGCAUGGAAAAGGUUGCAACCAAACAAUAUGAAUCGAAAGUCUGGCCGGAGAUCGUGGACAGUGAUGACAGCGAUGUGGAGAAUGAAAUAGAUGUGGACAAAUUACCGCCGCUGGAGGUGGGGCCCAAUGAGAAUCGCCUGCAGCACACAUACUGCCUUUGGUUCUCACGAAAGGGGACGCAGCGGGCCGCCACGGACUAUAGCAAAUCGCUGCACGUCGUCGGACGGUGUGCGAGUGUCCAGCAAUGGUGGUCCCUCUACUCGCAUCUGAUCAGGCCGACUGCCCUGAAGCCGUACCGGGAGCUGUCCCUAUUCAAACAGGGCAUCAAACCGAUGUGGGAGGAUCCGGCGAAUAGUAAAGGCGGCCAAUGGGUGAUAAGAUUGCGUAAAAACAAAAUCGAACGUGCCUGGGAGAAUGUCUGCAUGGCGAUGCUGGGUGAGCAAUUUCUGGUGGGUGACGAGAUAUGCGGCAUAGUGUUGCAGACAAAGUAUCCGGAGGAUAGCUUAUCAGUAUGGAACCGGACUGCCACUGAUAUGACCAGUACAACACGUAUCCGUGAUACGUUACGCAGGAUAUUAAAUAUACCUAUAACAACUACAAUGGAGUAUAAGAUACACUGUGAUAGCCUUAAAUAUGUUUCAAUUAAUAAAGGCCCAUUGAAAAGCUGAAAUUCAAUGAAUAACUAUAAACCACAAAAAAGAAACAAAAACAAUAAUUUUACAAACAGAUAAUACAAGUCACUAACAGCAACAGUAUCAAAAACUACGAACACACACCAUACCACACCGCCUCUACAGUGAGCGAGCCACAAGGAUUAGGGGGAGGAUCUUCAUCAUCACAUCUGGAUCACACUUUGUAGCUCCUCAAAAACACGCUCCGGAAUCCCCAAGAAAAGCAGGACAAAUUAAUAUUUAAGCGCUAAUAAGACAAAUCUUUGUAUUUUGAAACGAUAGUCUACAAAGUCUGUGUAUAUAUGAAACGCAAUGAAUAUUUUAGUUUGUAUGUAUAAAGUUUUAAAUUAGGCAUUCAUUUCUCUAUUAAGAUCAAAGUUUAACAUUCGACACUCUCUUUAUUUGAAAGCAUCCCACAGACACGACACACAACCAAGCCUUGUAUUGUAGCCUUAUAUCGAUUGUAGUAGCCCCAUAACCAUAGCCAUCUGAAUCCUUGCCUUCCCACAGAAACACACACUACACACCCAGGAGCAAACCCACUAGCUGAUACUGUAUUCAUCUGUUUGCAAUGAUUAUUUUACAACUACUGAUAAACACCGAAACAGAAUAAUCAAAUUGUUUGUUUUUGUUCUUGAAGAAAUACACAAAAGUUUUUUACAUGAAGAAAAUGAAAAGAAAAAAGAGAAAACUAAAAAAAGCAAAAAAUCCAGUUGUUUUACAUAUACUUUUAUCCACCACAUACAGACGCAUCCCCAGACACAAUCCAUGCAUCUACCAUACACAUCUGCAUCUAUCUUUCGUUCCCAUAAACUUCCACCUUGAUACAGCGCAAGACCCCCAAUAAAGGAAACUAUUAAAGUUGCAGACAUUAUUUUAAAAUACAUCUGAAACUGAUGCUUCUGAUUGGUUUAAGUGUAAGUAUAAAGCUAAUCUAUAGUGGUCGAUUUUUGUAAGCAUCAGCAUAGUGCUAUCAUUACGACACAAUGAUUUAAGGCAGUAUCGUGUUGUUCUGUAGUGCUCUCAAUCAGUUGAUAUCCGAUGAUGUUCCGUUUAGGCCUUCAACGUAAAUCCAAUCUAGCUUGGCCCAGAUAUUUCUAGAUGUAUAUAGAUGCUGUUCCAAUAAAGAAGCGUUGAAGAUCCAUCAACGAGAGCUCUGUUCUUCAAAAUU